CACGUUAGUGUGCAUACGGUGCACACUGAGGCAUCCAGCUACGUACCCCAGCAACAGCAGCCUCAGCCGGAACCUCAGCCAGUUUCGGAGCAGUUCGCGGGUCAAAACCCGAAUAUGGCUAUUCCAAUGUUCCAACCACAAAUGGUUGCGAACAUGUUUCAGUUCUUCCAGUAGAUGGCUAGAGCGCAUGCACCUCCACCACCACCUCCUGUACCCAUCAUCUCGAUUGAGAAACUCAAAAGGAAUGGAGCGCAGGAAUUCUACGGCGACCAGAUAGCAAAUCCUCUGAUAGCCAAGCGUUGGCAAGAACGCACUGUGAGGGUACUGGAGAAUUUAAAAGUACCUCUCGAGGAUUGGGGACAACACGCCAUAUUCCUGUUGCAAGAUGCCGCCUAUGAUUGGUGGAAGCGAGUGGGCACCAACAUUCCCGUGCCGAUACCAUGGGCUACCUUCGAUCCACUCUUCAGAGAAGAGUAUGUGCCCGAUCACUACGUCGAGACCAAAUAUGAAGAAUUCUCCAAAUUCACCCAGGGGAAGCUGACUCUCCCCAAGUACCUUCAGCAGUUUGACAGGUUGGCCGAGUUUGGUAAAGACUUGGUCAACACCAUGGAGAAGCGCUGCAAGAAGUUCAUCAAGGGUAUGAGACCAGACCUCUCAUCAUCACUCAUAAUUGUUCCCCGAGCCGACAUCAAUGACGUCUACAAGAAGGCUCUUGAGGUGAAUGAGGAGCUCAUCAGGAAAACUGUGUACGAUCAAGCAUUGCUGGUAGAAAGUCAGGCCGUCCAAUCGGGCUUGAAAAUGGGGCAUGGUAGCAAGAGGACCUUAUCCGCACCGAGCAACUCUCGCCAUGAUAAGCGAGCGAAAUCUACCCCCUCUGCAUCUGUGGCUGUCACUAGUAAGAGCGGGAAAGAGAAAGUGACAUAUCGUAAUCCUGUAUGUUCACUCUGUGGCCGCAGGCAUCCUGGUGAGUGUUGGUUCACGCAGGGUCUUUGCCUCGGGUGUGGUCAGGCAGGAAAGGUAUUCUUAGCCGAUCUCAUUGAACUCCCUCACAAGGAGUUUGACAUUAUACUUGGCAUGGACUGGUUGACAGAACACCAGGCUAUUGUUGAGUGCAAGGCGCAAGUGGUGAAACUUCGUACAGAUGACGGUAACGAAGUGAUCAUUCGGGGAGAACUUCUACCGAAAGCCCCGGAAUUCAUCUCUUAUAUGCAAGCAAAACGGCUCAUUCGCAGGAAAUGCGAAGCAUUCUUGUGCACUGUGAAGGAUAUGCAGAAGGAAACACCUAACCAUAAGGACAUAUCUGUGGUUUGUGACUUUCCUAAUGUAUUUCCUGAAGAACUUCCUGGUCUACCUCCUCCAAGGGAAGUAGAAUUCUCUAUUGAUCUUGUACCUGCGUAUUCCUCAGCUGACCCUGAGCGUGUAGUUUGUUUUACUUGCUACACGCAGGUAACAAUACUGAUAAUGGAGCCCAUCCCGGAGGUCAAUGAGAGUGACGAGAUGUACAGACUGGUGGACCACAAUUACUAUGCUUUAUUUUAAUAAAUACAUUUUCGGGCGAGUUCCCAGAAAAUGUAAUCCGACUUGAUUAUGUUUUAAGUUUAAGCUUCCGCACUGUUCUAACAUUACUCUGAAAUUUAAUAUUUGAGAUUUUAAUUAUAUUAAAGUUUAAUUGGUUUUAAAUUAUUCCUCAAAUUAUCAUGCGAAGUCACCAUCAUGGUAACUACUCCGGCCCAAAUAAUCUAGGUAAUCGGGU